UCUUAGGCUUAACAACAUGGAAGAGGCCGAUGAUACUUUUGGCUUAUGUAUUUGCUCUGCUGUCUAUCAUCUGUGUUCUGCUGAACCUGGCUGGAUGUAUAUUAGGAUGUCAAGGCGCUCGGUUUGUGUCCCGUGUACCCAGAUGCUAUUUGGUGGAUAUGGGUGAAAACAAGACUUGCUUCUGCUGUGAAGAAUAUAAUCUCAUUAAAUGCGCAGAAGAGACUGCACUGAAGGUAUACCACAGGAAGUCAUGCAGUGCUACUCACCUUCUUCUCAAGAAAAUUCUCUUUGCUCUUUGUGCCCUGAAUGCUCUCACCACCGCAGUCUGCUUGGUAGCAGCUGCCCUAUAUUACUUACAGAUUUUUGCAACACGAAGAUCCUGCAUAGAUGAAUCUCAGACUGAAGACCAAGAUCAUGUUUUGGAUCCUGAUGAUUUUGUCCCACCUGUGCCACCUCCUUCCUAUUUUGCAACUUUUUAUUCUUGUACUCCACAAACGACUCGCAGGAUGCUUGGCUUUGAUGUGAUUCCAUUGCCCCAUAUCUAUGGAGCACGAAUCAAAGGUGUUGAAGUAUUCUGCCCUCUGGACCCACCUCCUCCUUACGAAGCUGUGAGGAGCCAGAACAGCGCUGAGCAGGAAGGUGCGCUACAAAUAAGUGUCGUGGAAGUUCUUGAUUCGGGGGAAGUGAGUGACAGGCAGGCCUUUCAAGGUGAAGAAAUUCCUGAGUCUUCCAGCAGAGUGAGCCUUUUACCUUCAAAUGCAAGCCCAGUGCCUGCAGGAGCACGAAGAAGAGCCUUCAAUCCCUUGAGGAAAAGGUCUAAAAGUGACCCUGUGCUGCACUGCUGGUUGCUUCAAGGGGCAGUGCUCAGCUGUGAAACUACAAUGCAGACUGAAGUAAAACCAGACCUCUGCGCUGUCACCUUGCGGAAGAGUUUGAGAGCAAGAGCUUCGAGGGGAAGACCCCAAUCUUUGAUAGACUACAACUCUUACACGGACACUAAGCGGCUUGUGGCAUGGAUCCUAGAGCAGUCCUCCUGCAACAUGAGCCCUGACAUACACGAAUUGUUAGAAAAUAUCAAGUCUGUUUUAAAAUCAGAUGAGAAACAUAUGGCAGAAGCUAUCACCAGUGCCGCCUUCCUUGAGCAGGUAGUGAUGACAUCUACCCAGCAAGCCAUGUCAUUGAGUGCCCAUGUGUCACCUUUCAGACCACAUCCUGGAUUGCUGUACCUGGAGAGCUGUGGUGACCUGAGUACUUUCACCACAGAUGAAGAUCAGCUAGCAGAGAUGAGGAUCCAGAGAGCAGAGCGUGAACGGCCUCACAGUUUUAUUUGCGUUGUCAGGGAAACUGCACUUUGAGCUGGUUUCUGCCUUUCUUUUGAGUUGGUUUCUGUUUAUUCCUCGGUAGAGCACUUCUGUCAGACAUACAAGCUGCACAGGAAAAUCAUCUCUGACAAGUGGGUGGAAGAGUGUGUCGAUAAUCCAUUUUUUUUUUUAUAUCCUCAUGCUCAUACUCCUAAGGGGAAGCUCGUUCUACAAAGCCUAUUUAUUAAGCAGAUUGCAAGCUGGCCUUUAUUGGGCUGCUCAGGUGCAACUAGUCUGUGAUACGGUACUGUCUUGUUGCAUCUCUCUAGUCUGUCACCACUUAGGACAGAUUUGCUUUUUUGUACUCAACUUACAAGAGAGAUGGCAGAAUGGCUCUAUGCCUUGGUUUACUGGGGCAAGGCAAGGACAGUUAAUGCAUGUGUGCACUUUGUAUCUCAUUGGAGAACAGGGCCAGUUUCAAUGCCUGUGUUCAUCUGGUGUGCGUUACUGUAGCUCCACAGAUUUUUUUUUUUUGCUUUUUGCUUUUUUUUUUUCCCUGGCAUAUUGAAAAUUACUUCCCAGUAGAGGUGCUUGUUAUGUACCAGCUGACAUCCAUGCUGGAAGCAUGUAUGCAACCAUCUCAAAUCCUCUGCUGACAUGCAGUGACUACCUAACAUUCUUUUGGGUCACUGUGGCCUAGGGGUUAAGAUUGCCAUGAGUUGACACCCUCUGGCUAAUAAAUGUGUACGCCAGUUGGCUCAAGCUGUUGACUGCAGAUAGUUUGUUAAGCUCUGUUCUGUAUGUAUGCUGCUAAAGUGGAAUACACAAGUAUUUCCAGAGGCUGGGAUCAAGCACACAAAUUUUAUUUGCAAGGCUAGUUUUAGCCUUCUGUGUCUCAGCAGGAUGGCUAAAUAUUCCUGCUGCUAUUUUAAUGAUAAAGCUUCAUUUUAAACAGCUUUCCCACUGAAAAACAAAAAGCUUGAAAGUAAGUUUUAAUUAAGCUUGUUCAGAAGUUGAAACUGUGCAGUAUGGCUUGACUCACUAAAGAUGAUAACUUGGAUAAAAUAAAAUGCUUAUCUCUACACUG